ACCGAGCGCUUUCCUGGGAGUUCGGGUUUGUUGCAGCUGAAGCCGGUGAAGUACUGUUUUGCUGAAACUGGCGUUCUCCACGCUUUUCCCUCCAGGCCUAGUGGCGAGGCCCUGGAAGCAGCGUCUGAGGGCUCCAGCGACCUGUACGCGAGGAAGCCGAGACGCAGCAACGCGCGGCCCUCCGGAGAGGCAGAGUCGGGGGCUGGCGGGGCAGCUACCUGGACAUCUGCGGAUGCCCUUCGGGGCGUCCUCCUCUCUCCACUGUCGACCAGCUGUGUUCCUGGAGAUUGAGACCUAUCUACGCUUUUCCCUCAACUUCUCUCCUGCUUUAGAAGAAGACCACGCGUAGAGACAACUUUCCCUGCUCCUGACGCACUUUUCAUACUCUGGUCCUGAAGUGCUCUGCCAUGACCGCGCUGUGAGCUGUGGAGCGAUUCUUGACCUUUUCCCGAGGCCGGGGUAGGUCCUGUAGCCUAAUGUACUGACACAGAAGUGCUUGCCAUUAUGGGAAAUCAGCUCGCUGGCAUUGCUCCUUCCCAGAUCCUUUCUGUGGAGAGUUAUUUCUCAGACAUCCAUGACUUUGAAUAUGAUAAAAGCCUGGGAAGUACUCGUUUUUUUAAAGUUGCUCGAGCAAAACACCGAGAAGGCCUGGUGGUGGUUAAGGUUUUCGCAAUUCAGGAUCCCACAUUGCCUUUAACCAGCUAUAAACAAGAGCUGGAGGAACUGAAGAUCAGACUUCAUUCUGCACAGAAUUGUCUACCUUUCCAGAAAGCAGCAGAGAAGGCAUCUGAGAAAGCAGCUAUGCUGUUUAGGCAAUAUGUUCGAGAUAACCUGUAUGAUCGCAUCAGUACUCGUCCAUUCUUAAAUAACAUUGAGAAGCGCUGGAUCGCCUUCCAGAUCCUGACAGCGGUGGACCAAGCACACAAAUCUGGAGUCCGUCAUGGGGAUAUCAAGACUGAGAAUGUGAUGGUCACCAGUUGGAACUGGGUUCUUCUGACUGAUUUUGCCAGUUUUAAACCUACUUAUCUUCCGGAAGACAACCCAGCAGAUUUCAACUAUUUCUUUGAUACCUCAAGGAGAAGGACUUGCUACAUUGCUCCUGAACGCUUUGUUGAUGGUGGUAUGUUCGCCACUGAGUUAGAAUACAUGAGAGAUCCUUCAACUCCACUUGUAGACUUAAAUAGUAAUCAGAGAACAAGAGGAGAAUUGAAGAGAGCAAUGGAUAUUUUUUCAGCAGGUUGUGUGAUAGCUGAACUUUUUACAGAAGGUGUACCAUUGUUUGAUCUCUCUCAACUUUUGGCUUAUAGAAAUGGACAUUUUUUCCCUGAACAAGUGCUAAAAAAAAUUGAAGAUCUCAGUAUCAGAGAAUUGGUAACUCAGAUGAUUCAUCGUGAGCCAGAUAAACGUUUAGAGGCUGAAGAUUACUUAAAGCAGCAGCGUGGCAAUGCCUUCCCUGAAAUAUUUUACACUUUCCUUCAGCCUUACAUGGCCCAGUUUGCCAAGGAAACAUUUCUCUCUGCAGAUGAGCGUAUUCUGGUUAUUCGGAAGGAUUUGGGCAACAUUAUUCACAAUCUUUGUGGGCAUGAUCUACCAGAAAAAGCAGAAGGAGAGCCUAAGGAAAAUGGACUGGUUAUCUUGGUGUCUGUUAUAACGUCCUGCCUGCAGACCCUUAAGUACUGUGAUUCCAAACUUGCUGCUUUGGAACUUAUUCUCCAUUUAGCCCCAAGAUUAAGUGUGGAAAUCCUUUUGGAUCGUAUUACUCCCUAUCUUUUGCAUUUCAGCAAUGACUCUGUUCCUAGAGUGAGGGCUGAAGCCUUGAGAACAUUGACCAAAGUUCUUGCCCUUGUCAAAGAGGUUCCUCGCAAUGAUAUCAAUAUCUAUCCAGAAUACAUUCUUCCAGGAAUAGCCCAUUUAGCCCAAGAUGAUGCUACUAUCGUUAGGCUAGCCUAUGCUGAAAACAUAGCUCUACUGGCAGAAACAGCUCUGAGAUUCCUGGAAUUAGUACAGUUAAAAAAUCUUAACAUGGAAAAUGACCCUAGUAGUGAAGAAAUAGAUGAAGUUACACAUCCUAAUGGAAAUUAUGACACAGAACUCCAAGCCUUACAUGAAAUGGUCCAGCAGAAAGUUGUCACUUUGUUAAGUGAUCCUGAAAAUAUUGUGAAACAGACUUUAAUGGAAAAUGGAAUAACACGGCUAUGUGUAUUCUUCGGACGUCAGAAAGCCAAUGACGUUUUGUUGUCUCACAUGAUCACUUUCUUAAAUGACAAGAAUGACUGGCAUCUGCGUGGAGCCUUCUUUGACAGUAUAGUUGGUGUUGCUGCCUAUGUUGGCUGGCAAAGCUCCUCAAUUCUCAAGCCCUUGUUGCAACAAGGUCUUAGUGAUGCCGAAGAAUUUGUUAUUGUGAAAGCUCUUAAUGCCCUUACCUGCAUGUGCCAAUUAGGGCUGUUACAAAAACCCCAUGUCUAUGAAUUUGCCAGUGACAUUGCCCCAUUCUUGUGUCAUCCUAAUCUGUGGAUACGCUAUGGUGCCGUUGGAUUUAUCACAGUGGUCGCCCACCAAAUAAGUACAGCUGACGUCUACUGCAAACUGAUGCCUUAUCUUGACCCAUACAUUACUCAACCAGUAAUACAGAUUGAAAGAAAACUUGUUCUGCUGAGUGUUUUAAAAGAGCCAGUAAGUCGUUCUAUAUUUGAUUAUGCUUUGAGGUCUAAAGAUAUAACUAGCUUGUUCAGACAUCUUCAUCUGCGUCAGAAGAAACGAAACGGGUCUCUCCCUGACUGCCCUGCACCUGAGGAUCCUGCCAUAGCACAGCUUCUGAAGAAAUUGCUCUCACAGGGAAUGACAGAGGAAGAGGAAGACAAACUUCUGGCACUAAAAGACUUCAUGAUAAAAUCCAAUAGAGCAAAAGCAAAUAUAGUAGAUCAGAGCCAUCUUCAUGACAGUAGUCAGAAGGGUGUAAUUGACUUGGCAGCCCUGGGCAUAACUGGGAGACAAGUUGAUCUUGUUAAAACCAAACAAGAACCAGAUGACAAACGAGCUAGAAAACAUAUAAAACAAGACUCCAAUGUAAAUGAAGAAUGGAAGAGCAUGUUUGGGUCACUGGAACCGUCCAGCAUCCCACAGGCCUUGCCUAAAGGAAGUGACCAGGAGGUGAUUCAGACUGGGAAGCCUACUCGUUCUGAGUCCUCUGCUGGCAUUUGUGUUCCUUUGUCAACUUCUCCGCAGGUUUCAGAAGUAACUAAUGUCCAAAAUAAAAAACCAGUAAUACAAGUUUUAAGUAGCACAGUUUUACCAUCUGCUUACCAAAUUCGGAUCACCACUUGUAAAACUGAACUUCAGCAACUCAUACAGCAAAAGCGGGAGCAGUGCAAUGCUGAGAGGAUGGCUAAGCAGAUGAUGGAAAAUGCCGAAUGGGAGAGUAAGCCACCACCACCUGGGUGGCGUCCUAAAGGGCUACUAGUUGCACAUCUUCAUGAACACAAAUCUGCUGUGAAUCGAAUUAGAGUCUCUGAUGAACACUCACUUUUUGCAACAUGUUCAAAUGAUGGCACAGUGAAAAUCUGGAACAGCCAAAAGAUGGAAGGGAAGACCACCACAACUAGAUCUAUUCUUACAUAUAGCCGAAUUGGAGGACGAGUUAAGACCCUCACAUUCUGCCAAGGUUCCCACUACUUAGCCAUAGCAUCUGAUAAUGGUGCUGUCCAGCUUCUUGGAGUUGAGGCUUCUAAGCUACCCAAGUCUCCUAAAAUCCAUCCUCUACAAAGCAGGAUUCUGGAUCCCAAGGAGGAUGGCUGUGUUGUAGACAUACAUCACUUCAACUCUGGGGCACAAUCUGUCCUUGCCUAUGCCACUGUGAAUGGCUCUCUGGUGGGCUGGGACCUCAGGUCUUCAAGCAAUGCGUGGACAUUAAAGCAUGAUUUGAAGUCAGGCCUUAUCACCUCCUUUGCUGUGGACAUCCAUCAGUGCUGGCUCUGCAUCGGUACAAGCAGUGGUACUAUGGCUUGUUGGGACAUGAGGUUCCAGUUGCCAAUUUCUAGUCACUGCCAUCCUUCCAGGGCGCGAAUCAGGCGCCUCUCUAUGCACCCACUGUACCAGUCUUGGGUGAUUGCAGCUGUUCAGGGCAAUAAUGAAGUGUCCAUGUGGGACAUGGAGACUGGUGACAGAAGAUUUACUCUCUGGGCCAGCAGCGCACCACCACUUUCUGAGUUACAGCCUUCUUCUCACAGUGUCCAUGGUAUCUACUGCAGUCCUGCAGAUGGGAAUCCUAUCCUGCUAACGGCUGGCUCAGACAUGAAAAUAAGGUUUUGGGACUUGGCUUACCCAGAAAGAUCUUACGUUGUGGCAGGAAGUACUAGUUCCCCAUCUGUGUUCUACUAUAGAAAAAUAAUAGAAGGCACCGAGGUUGUCCAGGAAAUUCAGAACAAACAGAAAGUAGGACCAAGCGAUGAUACCCCUCGAAGGGGCCCGGAGUCUUUGCCUGUGGGACAUCAUGAUAUCAUCACAGAUGUUGCUACCUUCCAGACAACACAGGGCUUCAUUGUGACUGCUUCUAGAGAUGGGAUUGUAAAGGUGUGGAAAUAAAAAUCUACUGAUUUUUAUAGAAAAGAUAUAUCUAGAGAAUGGAAGAACAAAUUAAUUUGCUUAAUUUAAAAACCAUGUCUGUAUUACUCUUUCAUAACUAACAGAUCCCACUCAAAAGUAGAGAAAGCAGCUGACUUGGCUAGUUUACUUGUGCAAAUCUCAGCAAGAGUCAGCCAGACAACAUCUGGGACUUUUUAUUGUAUAUGUCACAGAGGUGAGAAAUAUCAAAUAUGGAGAUAAAUAUGAUCUCCGUCUAUUUUGUAUUGAAAAAGAUGGUUAUAAGCUAUUAUAAUGUAAACAGUUUUGUUAUUAAAAAUGCUAUUCAAACCAUUGACACUGUAUUCAAACAUCCUAUGAGUUUUUGGUUUGUUUUGGGUGGUGUUUUAUAUAGUAAACGUAAGCAGCAGAUAAACAGACUUGAGUGCCCCAAGAAAGCAGUGAGAAAUACUCUGGACUUUCUGCUUGGUUACCAUAUCUUUGUAUUUUACAUUCUACCUUAUUAGUUAUUUAACACUAUAGAAUUGAUUACUUGUGUAUCAGCUCUAGAGAAAUGUGGCUUUUCUUGACCAUUAUGAUUUUUCAUAGGGUCUAUCAAAUGCCUCUCUACUAUCAGCUUUCAUUUAUCCAGUGUAUUUAUUAAAUUUAUAUUUUUAAAAUGCCCAAACUGGCUUGUGCUACUUAGCUAAAAUCUUUCAAGGUUAUAGAUUAUGUUUGUAACUGACCUGAUAAUUUUCUCUCCCCAUUUUAUUCUCUUCCAUUUACAGAAGACUUUAUCGUGCUCAAAAUAUUUUACUUUGAAAUUAGUUAUAAGAGUAUAAAACCAAGGGCCAGGGAUUUAGCU